GAGGCUAAUUAUACGGGACUCGGCGACCUUGGCCUUUCUUUGGCCUUCGGAGGUUGGUUUAUUGUCACCAUCAAGCGCUUGUGCCGUGCUUUCAACUUCUGACACGGUAGCGUAGGGUCUUUUGUUCCAAAAAUGGGUGGCAGCGAGUCUUUGUUGCGAAUGUAUAUAUCGGACUCGGGUUGCCUCGUCCACUGUGGAUUGUUCCACAUCUAUACUUGCACUCAUACUAUAUAAUCAUUUACUUUCUUAAGGCUCAAGCUGUGCAGUGGCAUAAAUUGCUCCCAUGGCGCCCAUCCAACCUCCGAGCUUGUUGAAGAGAAAGACAAACUACUGGGAUACCUUGAACCGGCCUCGGUUGACCAGAAACGCUUUGAGGGAAGUACAGCAGAGAGUCGCUAAGCCAGUCUACGGACCCCCAACGUAUGUAAAUAUCGAGCGCCCCGGCGAUUUCGCUACUGACGGAGUCAUAGACCUGCCCAAAGGGCCGAGGUUAUUCUCCAAGGUUUGACAAGAAACGGUUGAGGGAGAUCUCGAAAUUUUCGCGCCAUGGAGGCCCAGACCUUGCUGGCCUAAGAGGCGUAUGUUGCCUUACAAACAUUCUCUCGAGGACCAUAGCUGACAUAGAUUUCUUAGUUUCCGGAGCCGCAAGUAAACCGCGAUGACUCCAUCGAACCAACGAAUACCUCCUCGGGCGAGGGGUUGAAGUUUUGGGACUAUGGGUUAAAGGAACAAGCGGCUGGUCCCGCAAACACCACAGCGUAUAGCGAUAACUUUGAAGACCACCUGAUCAACCAUUUAAUAUAUCCUCCUGGGUAUAAGUACCCAGAUAGUAGGGAGCCCGCGCCUCCAAAAAACUUGGAGGAGAUCAAGGAGAUGAUAACAGCUCCACGGGCUUCUGUAUCAACGUAUUCAAAGGACGAUUUUGAGGAAUUCGCAAUCACGUAUUGGAAAGUACGUACCGAACAGGAGGCCAAGGAUUCUGUGAUAUCGAUACUUGAGGGCAGGGCGUCCGGGCAUGCUGGUAAAAAUCGCCGCUUUGCCAACCUAGCCCAUCUGACUGAUGGCAUCCAAAUCCACGCCAAACCGGACAUAUAUCAUGGUGCACGUGCGGCAAAAUUGGACUCUGCAAUCCUCAACAAGCUCAACGACUUGAUAGUUCCAUCGCAAACUGAUGGACUUGUUGCUCCGAAUUUUUUCUUGAAGGUCAAAGGUGCUCAAGUCAGUGCUGUUGAGGCUGAACGACAAGCUUGUUAUUAUGGCGCUCUUGGGGCUCGAGCCAUCCAUGCCCUCCACUCACACAAGCAAGAGAAGCCUGUGUUUGACAACAAUGCUUAUACCAUAUCAGCAACAUAUUGUCGCGGACUCUUGGAGCUAUACGCAACACACAUUGCCAGUUCAGGUCGGAAUCUCGGUGUCCCCGAGUAUGUGAUGACACGCCUUGGGGAAUGGACCAUUCAUGCAAAUAUGAAGAGCUUCCAGCAAGGGCUGACUGCGUAUCGAAAUGCUCGAGAUUGGGCCAGGAAGAAGCGAGACGAGGCUGUUGCAGCCGCAAAUAAAAGGCAGUCGGUCCAUAAACCUCCAACAAGCCAAGCGAGCAACGUGCGCAAACAGUCUAUGAGCAAUGUGAAAGGAUAUCCCAAAAGCAAUGCUGGAAUCCAAUCAGGAAACUCAGACGAAGUUCAGUCUCGGCGGAAAUCGACUGACAAGGGCGUGACAGAGCGGAGGGCAAUUCCGGAGCGGCCGAAAAAUACGGAGAACCGCGCGGUAGACUAAGACGCGUCUGCGCGACUUGACGGCGUUCGGAUUUGACUCGGUGCCCGGUGACAAGUCAUCAGAGGCAAGGAGAAGCCUUGAGGCAUUUUCGUGCUUACUCUGUGCUUUCAAGAGGUACAGAGUCAAGUCAGAUCAGGUCAGCUUA